UGUGAAUUUGCGUGUUUAAAUAAAAACAUGCCACUUUGAACAAACCAAUGCAAAGUCCACUUCAAGUGUACAUUCAUCUCGAAAUAUUGACACUAUGAUCCUAAAAUGGCGAUUUCAUCAAAUUGUAGUAUAAAAUGUUCACCCCUUUACCAAAACUAGAAAAACAGAUAGAUUCGAAAGAGCACGUUGAUCACUUCACUCACUUAAUCCCAACCCAGCUGAGUUAUGAGACCUGCACAAAGGAUCCUGAUCCACUCAUUCUUAUUACUAUGGUUCAUUACAAUUUCAGAGUGUUUAAUCCCCAAAGCGAAACAAUAUGCUUCAGAAUUUUACGAAUGCGGAAUCACCAGAUCUCUGAGUGUUGAACAUAACUACAACUCGUGCUAUAUCUUAGAGGAUGCAUUAAAACGUUUUGCAUUACGUCUAGAGAAAGUACCACAGUGGAUUAACGCUCAUUCACCAGAUUCCUGCAAAGUGACCACUAUUCAAAUUGAUAUUACUGAAGGCUGUAAUGAAGAAAAUGGAAAAUUAUGGCCAUCUGAUUCAAUGAAGGAAUCAUAUGUUUUGAAUGUCUCCAGUGGUACCAUCCAUAUUCGAUCAGAUGAAAUAUGGGGAGCAUUACAUGCUUUGGAAACAGUCCUGCAACUGGUGUUCAGAGAUCAGAACUACAAGAAUUCGAUAGAUGAGUGUAGCAUAGGAGAUUCACCAAGAUUUCCACACAGAGGAAUUAUGAUUGAUACAGCCAGACAUUAUCUCAGCGUUGAAACAAUCAAGAAUGUCAUUGCUGCAUUAUCAAUGGUGAAGAUGAAUGUGCUACACUGGCAUAUGACAGAUGAUGAAUCCUUCCCGUAUGUUUCUUCAGUGUAUCCUGAAUUGUCUUCAAAGGGAGCGUAUCAUCCACAUUCGUAUGUGUAUGAAAAGGAUGAAAUUGAUUCACUGGUAGAAUUUGCUCGAUUACAUGGUGUUCGGGUGAUUGUUGAAUUUGACUCACCAGGUCACACUGUAUCAUGGGGCAAAAGUCAUCCUGAAAUACUCUCGGGUGAAUCACAUGACGGACCAAUCAAUCCAGUCGAUGAGAAUGUCUGGCCAUUUCUAUCAAAUUUAUUCAGCGAAGUGUUGAGUGUAUUUCCUGACCGUGUCUUACAUUUAGGUGGAAGCAUCUACGACAGGCACUCAUGGCAAGAAGACGCCAACAUCCAAGAAUUCAUGAAACAGAAAGGAUUCGAUCAAGACUACAAUAAAUUAGAAAAUUAUUAUUUUGAACACCUCACAGAAGUUGUUCAGAAUAUUAAGACGUCAGAGUCACAAAGUGUGACAACUGUGGUGUGGCAGAAUGUAUUUGAGAAUGGAUUCCGAGGUAAUGAAAAUGCCGUCAUCAUACAAGUACACGAUAAUUCCGACUGGGAAGCUGUCACCAAGUCAGUCACAUCAUCUGGAUACAGAGUGAUCAAUUCAGCGUGUUGGUCGAAAGUUGUUGGGAAUUUCGAUGAUGCAUGGAAGACAUUGUACGAUUGUGAUCCUGCUGCAUUUGGAGGUGCUGAGGAAGAAGCUCAGUUGGUUAUUGGUGGGGAAGUCAUCAUCUGGGGAACAUAUGUGGAUGACACGAAUCUCUUUCUACGAUCAUGGCCGAUAACUGCUGUAGCUGCUGAACGUCUUUGGUCAAUUGAUGCAAGCGACUUUUAUGGUUUUUCAGUGAGAUUGAAGAGGCUCCAUUGUCAAAUGAUACUAUUGAACUGGAAUGUGAAACCGUUCACAGGACCUGGAUUCUGUCGAAAAUGAGGCAGUCGCUUGGCACAAAUGAGAAGACAAAUCAGAACUAAGUAUGUCUUCAGCUGAGAACACUUGACAAAUCAUUUGAUAGCUAAUAUCGGUGUAA